AUAAGCAUAGCUAGCAUAGCUCUGAAUAUUUUUAGACUUUAGAAUGUUAAAUUGCAAAAGAUAAUGGAUAACACAGAUUCACCUCGUCGAAGUUCAAAAAACUAUGACUACCUAUUCAAAAUCAUUCUGAUUGGAGACUCUGGCGUUGGAAAAACGUCUAUUCUAGCACGUUUUGUUGGUGAAGAAGUUGUUAAAUCACAUAUAUCAACAAUAGGUAUUGACUUUAAAAUGAAAUGUUUGUCAGUUGAUGGAAAGCAAGUUAAAAUCCAAGUUUGGGAUACAGCUGGUCAAGAAAGAUAUGAGACAAUUACAACGCAAUAUUAUAGAAGGGCACAGGGUAUAGUUUUAGCAUAUGAUAUUACUCGAAAAGAAUCAUUUAAUAGCAUAAGGAAAUGGUUAAGAUAUGUUGAAGAGUUUGCAGAACAAGAUGUAAAGUUGACACUGAUUGGAAAUAAGUCUGACUUGCCUGAACAAAGGCGUGUCACAGUAGAAGAAGCAGAAGCUCUGGCACAAGAAUUUAAUAUUCCAUGGUUUGAAACUAGUGCUUAUACUGGAGAUCACGUGGAUGAUACUUUUCUUACAAUUACGAAACAAAUUUACGUCGAUGUUUUACAGGAAGAGGAGCAUGAACGACUAAAACGUGCGGCAAACAACAUUACAAUUGUUCCAACAGAACAUGAAAAUAUGGAAGAAAAGAGAGAAAAAUGUAAUUGUUAACAUUUUUUUAACUGUAGAAUAAUAAAUUAUGAAUAUUAGUUUUAACAGAAGCCAAAAUUUGUUGCCUAACACAACACACGAGUAAAUAAUAGUUUUUAUAUUUAUUCUUUAUUAUCCUGACAAGUUUGUAAAUACUCUUGCACUCUAGAUAAACUGUCUUUAACUAAAAGUGUCAUUAAGAUAAAUUUGUCUUGCCGUAAAUUGAUUGGCUGAAACUUGCAUCGAAUAAACACACCCCUAAAAUAACUCUUUUUAGCACUAGAAUGAAACCAUUUUUUAUCUUCGCAAAGUGUGUUGAGGUGUGAAGUAGAACAAAGCAUUUUGAUUGGACAAAAAGUGACCAAUAAAAAUUGUGUUCUUUUUUAAAAAAAAUUUUGUCUUCUGAGUUAAUUUUUAUGUUUUUCUUUGAGCAAUUUUUUUAUAAUAAAUUUGUGUAAAUAUAAAUAUAGAUAAUUUUUCAUUCUUUUUUUUUCUUUUUAUUUAAUAUUGGUUAUAUUUUUAUUUAUGGUGUAGGCAUCGACACUUUAUACUUUUAUCGAUACUUAUUUAUUGAGAAUUGCAAUAAUGGAAAUAGUAUUUAAGUGUGUAAUUCACAGACCAGAUAAUUAAUUUUGUUGUGAAGUAGACGAGUAGGAAUCCCAACUAAACUGCUCUGGCAUACUCAGUUUCGAAUACGAAAAUUUUUGUUCUUCUAUUUUCGCGUAAUCGUUCUUAAGGAAUCUGUCUUAAUAUGGUCUAAAUUAAGUCGUUUAUUGUGCAGUAUGUAUGCCAAACUUACAAACAAAGAAUUGAUUAUUUUCAGUUUUUUAACUUCAUAUCUUCAACUUGUUUUGCAGGAUUUCUAUUUUCUUUUUAGUUCUUCACUCAGAAUUAUAUUUUUGUUUUAAUGUUAAUAUGUAUUUAUGGUCCCAAGCCACACGAAUGUAAAAAGUUGUUAAGAAAGGGAUGUGGGGAGGUUUAAUGACCACACCCCACGUCUGUAGGUGUGUGUUUUAUGUGUGAUGUAUAUUUUGAAGGGGUCUUAAUAGAAAUCGAGUACAAAAGAA